UCGAUGCGUAUGCGCAGGUGGAUUUAUAACCACAACAGAGCUGCGGACAUUUGUCACACUUCUGGAAGAGGAAAGAUCCAGUCGGCAUCUGGCAGUGAGGAGGAAGCUGAGGGCCUGCAGAAGACAGUGUGCUGUGCUCUGGGGAGAGUGGUUAGCUGCCAUGGUUUUCUCAAAUAAUGAUGAAGCCCUUAUUAACAAAAAAUUGCCCAAAGAACUUCUGUUAAGAAUAUUUUCUUUCUUGGACAUAGUUACUUUGUGUCGAUGUGCACAAGUUUCCAAGGCAUGGAAUGUUUUAGCUCUGGAUGGAAGCAAUUGGCAAAGAAUAGACCUUUUUAACUUUCAGACAGAUAUAGAGGGUCGUGUUGUGGAAAAUAUAUCGAAAAGAUGCGGUGGGUUCCUGAGACAACUUAGUCUGAGAGGAUGUCACGUUGUUGGAGACUCCUCCUUAAAGACCUUUGCACAGAACUGUAGAAACAUCGAACACUUAAAUUUGAACGGGUGCACAAAAAUCACUGACAGCACGUGUUACAGUCUUAGCAGAUUCUGUUCCAAGCUGAAACAUCUGGAUCUGACAUCUUGUGUAGCCAUCACAAACAGCUCUUUGAAAGGCUUAAGUGAGGGUUGCAGAAAUCUGGAACAUUUGAAUCUUUCCUGGUGUGAUCAGAUUACGAAGGAUGGUAUUGAAGCACUGGUGAAAGGGUGUAGUGGACUAAAAGCUCUAUUUCUUAGAGGUUGCACACAGUUAGAAGAUGAAGCAUUGAAACACAUUCAAAAUCACUGUCAUGAGCUUGCAAUCCUGAACUUGCAGUCCUGCACACAAAUUUCAGAUGAAGGUAUUGUAAAAAUCUGUAGAGGAUGCCAUAGACUUCAGUCACUGUGUGUUUCGGGCUGUUGCAACCUUACAGAUGCUUCUCUCACAGCACUUGGUCUAAACUGCCCAAGGCUGAAGAUUUUGGAAGCUGCAAGAUGUUCACAGCUCACAGAUGCUGGUUUUACCCUUUUAGCACGGAACUGCCACGAGCUGGAGAAGAUGGACUUGGAAGAAUGUGUUUUGAUAACUGACAGCACCUUGAUACAACUUUCUAUACACUGUCCUAAACUACAAGCAUUGAGCUUAUCUCACUGUGAAUUGAUCACUGAUGAUGGGAUUCUUCAUCUGAGCAACAGCACGUGUGGUCACGAGCGGCUGCAAGUACUGGAGCUUGAUAACUGCCUGCUCAUCACUGACGUGACCCUGGAACACCUGGAGAACUGCCACAACCUGGAGAGAAUUGAGCUGUAUGACUGCCAGCAAGUCACACGGGCUGGAAUCAAAAGAAUCCGAGUAGGCUCAUCGACCUCACGUGAAAGUGCAUGCUUACUUUGCUCCAGUAACUCCCCCUCCUUCGGUCGGAGGGAGCGGACAGCGCCUCUGCAGAUGCUGCAUUAUUCUUUGACACAAAGUGCAACCACACAGCAUUCUCUGUUUAGUUUUUUUGUUGUUGUUGAAGAAAAGAACUGGACUGCAAGUCAGUGGAAGGAGUUGGUUUCCCGACAGUUACAAUGGUGAUGUUUGAUCAUCCAGUUUUGUGACGAGAAGAGCAUUUUUUUUUCCAGGUAAAAAGUCUUACUGUAAUGUUCAGAUGUGGAUUAAGUUGGUGAUGCUUUGGUUUGUGCUAGUGACUCCUUCCUUCUGUUGGCAUGAGAACUGAAGUGCUGUGUACAACGCGGGGGUGUUUCAGCAUUAUGGUAUUUGGUGAACGUUCACUAAUGUGGAAGUGAGUUUGUAUCUGUAAGCACUUCUAUAAGUUGUAUUCAGCAUGAGCUCUGAUGUAAGAUGGGGCUCAGGUCAGACACGGGAUGAAACUGAACCUGCUGUUCUGUAAUAUACGUGGCAGAUUAAAUAUCAGGUUUAAGGACAAAUCAGCUUUAGCAAACGUCGACCAAAAAUGCAAGGUAGUCAUGUGCUCUUCCAGCAAAACAGCUUAUACUUCUUCAUGAUCCAGCACUGCAUUUAAUGACAUUAACAGGACAUAAUAGGUAAUGUCAAAAGGUAAAGACUGUACCUCAUGAUAACUAUAUAAAUACUUGUCAAAUUUUUUAACUUGGCUCAGUUGAACUACGAGUUAGGAUAAAGCUUGCCCGUCACUGAAGCACGUUUUAUGCCCCAUGCCAUCAGCUGUUAAAAGGGGUUGGAAAUCCACUGGGGGGGAGCUUGUGCACUCUGCUGAAACGAGCUGCCACAGCCAUCCACGGUGCUUACUGUAAUGCCAUUACUGUGUCCUCAGUCACCUCCUGGUUUGUAAUGGAAGGACGGAGCAGCUCUGGGAAGAGGGAUGCACUGCUCCUGCUUUUCUGAGGUGAGGAAUGGAAGCUAGGUUAAGCUGCAGGAACUGUGAUGGAGUGGGGAGUUGAGGUCAAGCUGUUUGUCCUUGUGUUGUAGGGAUGCAGAUCUGUGGGCAGGAAUUGAACCAAACCAGUGGUUUUCAAAUGCAGAAAGGCAAACUCUUCACAUCUGGGUUAUUAAAGAAGCUGUCAAUGUCUGAAUAAUAAUUUAAAAAAAUUCUGAAUUUCUGAAUAAUAAUUAAAAAAAUUAAAUAAUUAAGUAUUAACUCUUGAGGCCAUGCUUUCAUCCUUAGUUUUCCAGUGCUAGAGGAUUAGAUAGAUGAACUUUUUUAUAUAAAGCAACCUAAUUAUCUGAGACAGAUAAACUACUCAACAGCUCAGAAAGCUUUUCUGCCUAAGACUGGUUGUGUGUGUUUAUGUUUUAAGAGUCUGGGGCCUGCGUGUUUACUGAAAUCUAACAGAAAUACUGGCUUCAUUAACAAAGCCAUCCGAGAAGCUCCUACCGGGGCAUUCCGGCAUCUGUCAUAAAUCUGAACUACUUUUUAAGUGAUGUGAACACUAAGACCUCAGUGGCUACCAACAACGUUACUAUCCUGCUGUACCCAUUCAGAGGUGACAGGGAUGGUAAAUGAAGAUCUCCACUUUAAGGAUAAAUACCUAAAGGACAGUGCAGUUUUCUUUUCUACUGCAGAAUAAGCCCAUCAAUCAGGGCUCAUUUUGCACACUAGUAGAGGAGUGUUGUUACAAUCAGACUUAGAUUUCCAGUAAGGCACUGCUGUAAUGAAGAGUUUCAAGAUUUUAUUCUCCACUGCACCAGGGAAGUCAUUGGUACCCCUAUGUCAAGAAGUGUUGCCUUUGGUUGGCUCAGUUUUGUUUUUUUUUUUAAGAACAUAAUGAACCUUGUAAGUAUGUCCAUUGCAUUAAAGAUGUACAAAAACAAAUGGAACCUACUCUGGUAUAGGACACUUAAAUAAACAAUCAGCUGAUGUCAA